AUGUGGAAAAAACGUGGAAACGGAAGAAAAAACAGAACUCCCAAGGACGAAUACCGGCCGUGGAACGCCGCCAUAUUAGCAAAGCAACCUGAAAGUAAUAUAUCAGACAAUAACAGGAAUUCUCGUGAGAUUAAAGAAACGUCGGGAGAAGAAUUCACAGCUGCUGCUGUCUUGGGGAGUGAUGUGCCACCCGAAAAAGAGACAUUUCGCUACUGGAACGUCGUGGGGUUAGGUAUCGUAGAGCCAAAAAAACCCUUUGAAAAACAUUGGACACAUUCGGAGGCUCAGAAAAACAUUAACAGUCGUGAAGACGAUGAAGUGAUGAACGACACACAAGAGCCAUCGGAAUUGGUGCCACGCCAUGAAAAUCAGUAUAAGCCAUUUAGUAAUCGACAAGAUGCCCCACGGCACGAUGCCCCACGACAGGAUGCCCCACGACAGGAUGCCCCACGACAAGAUGCAUCAUGGCACGAUGCCCCACGACAGGAUGUACCACGAUCACGACAGGAUGCACCACGACAAAAUACAUCAUGGCAGGAUGCACCACGACAAAAUACAUCAUGGCAGGAUGCACCACGACAAGAUGUAUCAUGGCAGGAUGCACCACGACAAGAUGCAUCAUGGCAGGAUGCACCACGACAAGAUGCAUCAUGGCAGGAUGCACCACGACAAGAUGCAUCACGACAGGACGCACGACAAUACAGGAACGAUAAUAUAAAACGGAGCUCAAAAGACGCACCUGCGAAAUCGAACAUAGCAGAAGUAACGUUUCGAUUGGUGGGCAGCGGCUUCAGACGCGCUGAAGCUUUAAUAGUCGACAUAAAUUCAUCUAAUUCACCCAAUAUGUCAAGCUCGUAUUAUCCCAACAGCUCAUCAAGCAGUCCUGCUUCUGUAAAUUCGCCUUCGACCCCAGAUGACCCGUUACUCAGCCCAUUGUUAGAACUAAAUGAAGCACUCAUGUCUCAAGUAAAGACAAUGAAAACACAGGACAGUAGUAAAGGUCCUGAUUUGGUGAAGGCAAAACCAGAUAAGGGCGGUUGGAAAGAGAAUUGGGCACAAGGAUAUGGUAACAUUUGGUGA